AAAGUCUCAAACAACGAGAGAGAGGAGAAAGUGAGUAGGUACCGUAGUGACGUACGGUACCGGUACUGUAUGCGAAAAAGAUAAGCGAGUUUGAAAUACACUAUUCGAGAAAUAUAUAAGAUAUCGAAGACAAUUGAAUGAAAUUAAAAGGAUAAGUACCAGUGAUAAAGAAUCUUUGAAGGAAAAGUAAAAAUGGCAAACCGAGAUUAUAUUAUAUCUUCAAAAUGCAACAAUUUGAAGAGAACAAGUGACCAAUUCAAUGCAUAUAUGGAUACUGUUGAAAAAAAGUUAUGCUGUAUGUGUGGUGCUGGAACAAAGUGGACAGGAGAUUGCAAUUCGACUGAUCCGACAUCUACUGUCUGCAAGUCAUGCCAUUUCAAUCCCGAUGAUACAAGAGACAGGUUUUACAUCGAUUAUGAACCUCAUGAUCGAACGGAAUGUUUUCGCCAGAAAGUAUCUUCUUGUGUACAACCCAAGAUACUGAUGGAAGGAUCUACGAAGGAAGAAGCUAAGUGCGUCUGUCCAGCUCAUAUGAUUGAAAAACAUCGACAAUGUAUUGAAGUCAGAAGCACAAAAAGCCCAGCUGAAAGAGAAGCAACAAUAAAGCCAAAGCUUAUCACAAGAAUAACUCAAAGUGUUACUGACAGUUCAGCUUCCAAAACAUCAUCUGGAACAAAAAAACUUCGAACAAAUGCAUCAAAAGGGAAAUUUAGUACACCUAACUCACCUAAGCACAUUAUGGAACCAACGACAAAACAAACUUUUUUUUUACACGAUAGUAUAACCACAAACUAUGGUCUAACAACAAAUAGCUUUGUCACAAAUGAUUCAAAUCAACACAUCAAACCAUCAGUCAAUCCGGGAAUGCCAGACUUGGGAAAAGGACUGCUGGCUGCAGGUCUCAUUGGUUUUGUAAUAUCAGUUGUGAUAUUUAUGAUUUGGAGAAUGAAAAGACGCCAAGGAACUCGCAAAAACAAUGGAAAAAGUUCUCAGACAUCAACACCCGAUAAUUCAAGAGCUGAUUUACUAGGCGUAAGAAUAGAGAGUGAACCUAGAACAUAUGAUGACGGUGUCAUUAGUACAGACAAUCACACUUAUGAAGGAACUCCUGAGACAAACAAUAAAGCUUUCCCCUUUAAUAGAGAAUACUCUAGAGUCAGAGAAUACUCCAUACAGCAUGAUGUAGCGGAAGUACAGGUUUUACAGAAUGUAGAUGAUUUGAAUAUUCAAGCAUUCAAUAAUUACCAUGAUGAAUUUACUCCAAGUGAAUGUAAAAAGUUUGCAUUAGAUUUAGCAAAGAAGUGGGGAAGUUCUAUUGACAGACACCAAGUGAAACCUGUUUUCCGGUCGCUGUUUAAGACAAAUCAUGACAAUAUUAUUGAUGCUAAAGAAAAAGAGUAUACAAGUGACAUUCCUGAAUUUGUUUAUCAAUUAAUGAUGAAAGUUCAACAAAACUUGGGUCGAGUUCUCAAUCCUCGAUAUAUUUUAAACAGACUGAAUGCAGUAGAUCCUCAGCCUGGUAAUUUGAUUGAUAUUACUCAAGAUGCUCUCAAUAAUUGGCAGCCAGAAUAUGUGUGACUUUUGUGCAAUUUUGCUCACUUGCUCUUUAAUCAAGUCUCAUCCAUUUGUGCCUCGUUUUCACUGAGCAAAUCUCAAAAUUCCCUGAAGUAUAAAGGCGUCAUCAUUUGGAAUAGUGUCACCUGAAGUUUAUGUGACCACAUAUGCCACUUUCGAAAUAAACUGUAAAAAACUUGUGCCUCCAUCCUACUUUUCUUCUGUCAGUACAUCCAGUUGGUGUACUAACAGCACCCAGUCCCACCCUUGUCAUUGCUAGCAAAAUGCCUAAUUUGGUCCACAGCCUCUCAGAGUUCACAGUACCUGGAAUAAAGACACUGCAAAUGUUUUUUGUAAAUAUUGGAGUUAUUUUUAAUUAUCAUCUUUUAUGAUAGCACAUGCCCUGCACUACAUAUGGUAUGGUCAUGUGUCUUACAAACAAUAAUUCAAUCCAUUAAUGAUUUCACUAUUUCACUAUUAUUUUUCACUAUUUAACUAUUUCUUGUUUGGAGCCAAGUCAGAUAUUGUUAUCUUUCUUCGCUUAUGAUCCACUAAUCUAUACUUAUCUUUUAUAUCGGUGGAUCUCAAACUUUUUAAGCGACGCCUCUUUCUUUAGAAUUUGUCAAAAAACAUGUUGAAAAUACGUGGAUGUAACAGAAAUAAUGAAAUAAAUGAAAAGUUUGGAAAUGUAAGCAUCCAAAAUAAGGCUGGCAGGAUCAAAUCUAUCAAAUAUUUUCAUUUUUAAUUAGCUUCACGCCUCUUCAAAAGAUUGUCUACGCCCCGCUUGUGGGGCGCGCCCCAUCGUUUGAAAACCACUGUUUUAUAUAGUUUGUAAAAUACCAGAAAUUUCGAAAUUUAUUGAUAUUCAUUGUUACAUUUAUUUAUUUUGUUGAAUGAGUUUGUUAUUCUAUAAUUAGAAUAAUUUUUAUCGUUAUUUAUUCUAAGAAUUUAUAACUAUUCCAGCACCAAAGCACCUUACCCCAGCGCUGCGGUUGACUCCAUAUACUUGCAUUUCGAAAGAUUGCAACAUUUUGCGACUAUGAUUGCGCCUUGUUACUGGCGUACUUACCAUCGUGGGGUAUAAAUUAAAAUCUUGUUCGAAUAACUUUCGGCUCCAUUAUGUCAGUAUUCUAUUGCCGCACUGUGUUCCCGCUGCCGUUUCCAUGGGUACUGGCAUAUCAGUGCUUGGAGGUGCUUUUCGUUUUUGUGUAUCUGAUGUCUUCUGGAAAUUUAGGUCGCCUCGGCUUGCUUUGUAUUUCUUUUAAUAAUAAUCAUUGUAAGACUUUUUUCAUCCAGGGGUGUCGCUGCUGGAUAACCAUUAUUGGUUUCUCGUGCUCUCUUCACCCUGAAAUACCAGUUUUGUUUUAUUUCACAUGUUGUAUUCACCAAGUGUAUUUCAUGUGUGGUGGAAAAAUGAUUACUAAUUACAUUAUACUCACAUAGUAAUAUAGUACAUGGACCAGCAUGGCACAAGUCAAUAUCUGAUAUAAAAUUAUGACCCAAUAGCUAGCUUUAUAUUAUUGAAGUAAGCUAUGUAUUCUAUUUACUCUAAGCUAUAUCUUCUGCACAUGUGGUGAUAUAGAUGGACCAGCGUGCCACAUGCCGAAGUUGUUAGCACCAAGUGUCAAAAUCCGAAUAAAACUGACUAGCAGUCUGUAUAAACCCUAUAAAAAAUUGACAGGCUUAUGAUUUUUGUACUAGCUUUAUAAUGAUUCAAAAUCCUACUUGUCCCAAUCUUAGUUAAACACACCAUUGCCUAACAUGCCACGAACUUUUUUUGCAACGUUUUAUCAUUUAUAUUUUCACAAACUUUAUAUAUACAACCAAUAUGGUGUACAGUGAGUACGAGGGGAAGUGAAUUCCGCAUAACUGAGAAAAAAUUGCACCAAUUG